GCUGCAGUUUGGAAUGUGGUACCUGACAAAAUUCAUCAUUAUGUAAAUCUCAAGUUACAUUUUUUUAGAAAAAAAUCUGUGCACACAAGUGUUUAGCCUUUAGGGAUGGAAAUAUGAAAUAUUGUGGGUUUGUACGGGGAGUGCUGGGUAAUAUUUCCAGUGGUCAGAAAACUGGGUGAAGAGGGAGAAGUUUCUUUCUUUACUUAUUAUUCUUAUAUAUCAUAUUACCUUUUUGCCUGUGCACUCAAGGCAGUUUAUAAUUUAAAAUAAUGGCAUCAUUCCCUCUAUUUGCAAUUUUUGGAGGUAAGUGCCAAUCCUUAUAUACCUAAAAUGGCACUACCCAUGCAUAAGAGGGAGGUAUCAGCUGGUUCGGGGAAACCCCAAGGUUUGCAGAAGUCUCCGCCCCCCAAAAAACAUAAAAACUAAGGAGGUACCCACCCCAAGCAGUCCAAUGAGGACUGAACAUGCUUAGUGGUCACAGAAUGCUGAUUUGGAUGGAAGAUGAAAUGGAAUGGAAUAACCUCUAAGAGGACAUGACUGGCUGGGGCCUGCUUAAAAGGUGUGGCUGAUAAUGGCAGAGGAUGCUUUGUUAUAUCCUGGCUUGGAUAAAGUGGCUGGCGAGGAGUUCCUGCAGGAAGCAUUCCAGAUCAUGCUUGACGAAGGUGUCAGAAAAGGGAUGGAUGUCUCUGAAAAGGUGUGUGAUUGGAAAGAGCCUGAGGAGCUGCAGCAAAUUCUGGACCUGGAUCUAAAAGACUGUGGGGAGACACGGGAGAAGUUAUUGGAGCGUUGUCGGGAUGUUAUCAGAUUCAGUGUGAAAACAUGUCAUCCACGCUUUUUUAACCAGCUGUUUUCAGGGCUUGAUCCCCAUGCUCUCGCUGGACGGCUGAUCACAGAGAUGCUCAACACCAGCCAGUACACAUAUGAGAUCGCCCCUGUCUUUGUGCUGAUGGAGGAGGUAGUGCUGAAGAAGCUGCGGGAAUUGAUUGGCUGGGAGAGUGGAGAUGGGAUCUUCUGCCCCGGGGGCUCCAUCUCCAACAUGUAUGCCAUGAAUGUGGCACGGUACCACCGUUUCCCAGACUGCAAGCAGAAGGGUAACUGGGCAGUACCAAAAUUGGCAGCUUUUACAUCACAGGAGUGCCACUACUCCAUCCAGAAAGGAGCAGCUUUCUUGGGCAUCGGUACAGGCAAUGUCUACCUUGUUGCAGUUGAUGAAAAGGGAAAAAUGAUUCCUGCUGACCUGGAGAAACAGAUCAAUCUGGCCAAGUCUGAGCGGGCAUUCCCCUUCUUUGUCAAUGCCACCUGUGGCACCACUGUCCUGGGAGCCUUUGACCCCGUGGCUGAGAUUGCAGAAGUGUGUGAAAGGCACAGAAUCUGGCUGCAUGUGGAUGCUGCGUGGGGUGGCAGUGCCCUCCUCUCCCAAAGACACCGGCACCUUCUGGAUGGGAUCGAGAGGGCGGAUUCAGUGGCUUGGAACCCCCACAAAAUGCUUAUGACUGGGCUACAGUGUUCUGCCUUCCUGCUGCAAAAUAGCUCUGGCUUGCUGAAGAGGUGCCACUCUGCCAAUGCCACCUACCUCUUCCAGACGGACAAGUUCUACGACAUGGCUUAUGACAAGGGGGACCAAACCAUCCAGUGUGGACGCAAAGUAGAUUGCCUCAAGCUGUGGCUGAUGUGGAAGGCCAAUGGCACCAAGGGCUUGGAGCAGAGAGUGGACAGGGCCUUUGCCUUCACUAGGUACCUGGCUGAUGAAAUUAAGAAGAGAGAAGGGUUUCAACUGGUAAUUGAGCCAGAGUUCAUCAAUCUGUGCUUUUGGUUUGUGCCUCCCAGCCUAAGGGGGCAGGAGGGUUGCAUCGAUUACUGCCUAAGACUGGGGAAGGUGGCUCCUCUUAUUAAGGAGCGGAUGAUGAAGAAAGGAUCCAUGAUGGUUGGCUACCAGCCACACGGCAAAAGGGUCAACUUCUUUCGCCAGGUGGUCACCAAUCCAGCAGUCACCAGAGAAGACUUGGACUUCUUCCUAGAUGAGAUUGAGAGGCUUGGCAGAGACCUGUAGCAGCACUACCCUGCUGCUCUUCCCUUCAGGCAAUUUAUGCAGACCCUUCUAUGACGAUGGUGGGAUGGACCACUCCAGAAAUCUAGGCGCCUUCACAGUUCACCUUCUCCACUGCCAUCUUUUGCAAACCUUACAAAAAUCAGGGAAAAUUACUCUCUAGUGCUUGCAACUCUUCCUGGGUGUCACCUCAUCCCUCUUUGAAACAACAACACGGUUCCUCCAAGGGUAUCCAGAAUACACUGGGCUUUUUGGAGAGCAGCGAUGCCAGAAAGAAACAGGAAUGGUCAAGCCUACAGCAAGGAGCUAGCAGAAAUGGAGGGUGAGAUUGUGAAGUAGCAUCUAUCAGCCUCUUGGUCCUGCUGUAGAGAACCAAGAGUGCAAAGUCCUAUUCCUUGGCCAGCCUUCUCUUCUCCAUUUUAAAAAUAA